CAUACACAGAGAGUGGGAGAGAGAGAGAGAGAGAGAGAGCAGCGGAGCGGACGGGUGGAUGACUCAGACACACAGUCAGGAUGCGUGAAUACAAACUGGUUGUUUUAGGAUCAGGAGGAGUCGGCAAGUCAGCUCUGACUGUCCAGUUUGUUCAGGGAAUCUUUGUGGAGAAGUACGACCCGACGAUAGAGGAUUCCUACAGGAAGCAAGUCGAGGUUGAUGGACAGCAGUGUAUGUUGGAGAUCCUGGACACAGCAGGAACAGAGCAGUUCACGGCGAUGAGAGACCUGUACAUGAAGAACGGUCAGGGUUUCGCUCUGGUCUACUCCAUCACGGCUCAGUCCACCUUCAACGACCUUCAGGACCUCAGAGAGCAGAUCCUGAGAGUGAAGGACACCGAGGACGUUCCCAUGAUCCUGGUUGGAAAUAAGUGCGACCUGGAAGUGGAGCGUGUCGUGGCCAAAGAGUCGGGCAUCGGCCUUGCCCGCCAGUGGAACUCCUGCGCCUUCCUGGAGACCUCAGCCAAGAGCAAGAUCAACGUCAACGAGAUCUUCUAUGACCUCGUGCGACAGAUUAACAGGAAGAGUCCAGUUCCUGGGAAAGCUCGCAAAAAGUCCACCUGUCAGCUUCUCUAAUGACAGUUUUCUGCUCACCUGACCGACAACCAACCAACCAACCAAUCACACCACAUCUUCCAGCUGGCCAUGCCCAUUUAACACAACCAUGUCAUCAUCAACAUCAGCCACCUCUGACCUCUGUUCCCGUGACGACCACACCUCCCAUCCCCUCACCACACUGUCUGACGGAGACGGUUGCCUUGGAAACAUUAAGACCAAACAUCAAAAGACUGCAGCGGCGGUGAUGAUGAUGAUGAUGAUGAUGAUGAAGAAGAUGAUAACAGUUCUGCUGUUGCAGGAAUCGGGGCUGUCCAAACAACUGCCCAAAUUGAAGCUACGGUUCCCAUCAUGCUCUCUGCUAGGCCAUUUUGCGCUGGGAAGUGGCGACUUGCUUUUAAUUUUAAAUGUUUCUUUCCUUUCUUUUUCUUUCACUUAUUUUCCAGCAGUCCCAAGCCAUUUACACGCGGUUUGACCACUUUGCCGUCAGCCAUGUUGUUGCCACGGUUACCCCGGUGAUGUCACAGCUAACAUGGCUGACUUUGUGUGUUUGGCUCUGGUAGAACCUGUGGAUCCAUACAGUGGUUAUUAUACAGUGAUUAUUAUUAUGUUUCUGUGUGAAAAGAUAUAAAAGUCACUUAAUGUUUUUGUUUUGGAUUUUUGGGGUGUGGGUGGGGGGUUAGGGGGCGCAGCAGGUCAUCCAGUCUGCUCACCGCGCAGGAAUCUUUGAGCUAAUCCAAGUUAGCUGACAGCUACAGGACUGAAUAAGCAACAAUCGGAGAUAAUGCUAAUUAUCCUAAUUUGCUCUUUGAUUGGUGUUGACUUGAUGAGCAUAUUUUAAAUAAGUUAAUGUGUCCUUAACUUACGUAGGUUUAGGCUGUCUUAUUAGCCUAGCAGCUAGUUAAAUACAUUAGAAACAAUGUGAGCAAAUUUGUGAGUUGUUAGGAUUAUUUGUAUAUUCCUAAAGAAACUGAUAGAAGCUGUUGGCUAAGGGCUAACUUGUUGUCCAAUUAAUGUGUACUUAUAGCUAUGGGCUACCUCUUUAGCCUAGCAGCUAGUAAAAUGCAUUUUUCACAAAAAAACAAAUAGGUGAUGGUUACUGUGAGAUAGAUAGUCAGCUAGCUGUGAGUUUGCUUGUCGGUUAGUAAAAGGUGACAAUGCUAACAUGAGUUUCAAAACAACAAUAAAACUUUGGAUGCCAGUGUAUCUGUCAGAACAAGUAUGGCAAUGGAUGCCGUUAGUUUGGGGCUGGCUUGAUGGCUAACAGCUAAUGCAAUAUACUGUAUUUAGUAUGUUGUAAGGAGAUGCUAGCAAUGCCACAAUCUCAAAGAAACAAGGAAAUGAUAGUAGCUGCGUGCUAACUUGUUAGCGUAAUGGUGCGGUGAGCUGACUUCAGACCUGCUGCUCAGGGCGGACAUGUUGCCUUUAGACAGCAGACUCACACUGGUCCAGUACCUUAUGUGUGUGUGUGUGUGUGUGUGUGUGUGUGUGUGUUUGUGUGUGUGUGUGUGUGUGUGUUUGUGAGUGUAAGUGAGCUGCAUAACAACAGUGAACCAGGCCAGUUUCUGUGAUGACCUUUUGGCCCGGGGGAGAUCAGGGGGGUAUAUUUAGUGAGCAGGGCAGCCCGCAGGUGUUGUUUCUGUAUUAUUAACCAUAUUAUUACCUGAUUAUUAAUGUUAUUAACACAAAGCAUCAGAGACGGAAACAUUGAAUUAUUGGUCGAACAUCCUGAUGGUCAACACUCUCUUUAACUGAUGGGCGUAUAUUAAACCAUCCAGGCAUGGAGGACCAGACUCCUCCAUACCCAUUGCAUGGGUGUAGUAUUUCAUGCUAACACUUUAGCAUACACUGGGUUGAGUGAUAGUAGCUUAAAGCUAACAUGUUAGCUGGAGAACCACUGACCCAUGGAUGGUUUUGGUGUCAGUAUUGAAAUCAGUUAAAGAAGAAAGUUGAAUUAAAAUGUCAGUGUUUCUUUUGAACAGUAGCACGGCUGAGGUUGAGACCAGCCGGCGGAGGUUGAAGCUGAAGCCCCGCCCCCACCUGUGUGGGGCGUGGCCUGUGAAGCUGCAGCCACAGAAAACCUUCGAAUAUCUGUCUUCUGUUUGUAAUGUGAGAGUGGUCAUCUUACAGACAGUAUGUUGGACCAGUGACCUCUGUGAGUACUGCUGUGCACAGUGUUGUACUAUCAGGAGUACUGCGGUACAGUGUGGUACUGCUGUCAGUAUUCUGGUUCUCCUCCAGUACGUUCAGUCAUGUAGCAUGUUGAUGUUUCUGUCAGUACGCAGCCUGAUCUCCAGGAGGCGCUGUGACAGUUUGCAUGCCGAGCAGAAGCUUCCAGGUGAAAGGUCUGUUUGCAGCUGUGGCGGGGCGUUCCUGUUGGUCUAAAACUGUUAGCAUGCUAACAAAUAGGAAAGCUAAUGCUACAAACCCCCCCAGAUUAUUCCUGUUGAAAAGUUAAGGGAAAUGGCUUUGUACUUUUCCUCGAAAACCCCGAUGAUAAAGCAUACUGUUUGAGUGCUGCGUUUCUUUGCUGAAGUCUUGCUCGUCAAGCCAUAAUGGGCUCACUGCUGCCCCCCUGUGGCUGGAGGGCAGAAAACACCCUCAACAGAUAAGUCAGAACUGCAGUUGUAAUGGAUGGGGGGCAACUGUGAGUCCAGUCCUCACUCAAGAACAGAUGUCUGCAUUAUCAGAAGUGUUUUCAAACUGUAUUUUUCAGCUUUACAAGAGAAAAGACUGCAAGGACGAGGACUAACUGAAUAACACUUAGCCACACGUUUUAGUAUUAAAACCAGUGCAUAAGCAUUGAAUUAAUGGUUUAUAACCCACUGUCAUGUAAUUGUAAAGAAAUACGAAAGCAUUUUAAAGUGUUUGUUAACCUUUUUAUCGGCUUCUACAACAUUUCCACAACUGGUGUAUAAACAGUUUAUGAAUGAUUAAGAACAAAGCAAUCAUAUUUAAAGAUAUGUAAUUACUAUUUAAUCGCUAUUAACUGUUUAUACACAUGUACAAAUCAUUUCGGGUUUAAAAGUGUUUACAAAUGUGUUGAAAAGACAUGUUGAAAAAAAAUAUCUUACCUCUCCACUCACUGGCUUUCAUCAAUGAAUGGAAUAUGCUCAGAUGUCACAGAGAGUGACGAAGGAUUUCUAAAUAUAUAAACUUAAUACUAAAAAAAUUUUGAGAAUCUUGUGAUGAGAGCGCACAUUUUGCUCGGUGGCUGAUGGCAGCACCUGGAUGUCCCACCUGUGCUCAGCAAGAGAACAGCCAAUCAAAUGAACACCCGGCCGCAGCAGCAGCCAGACCUUUCCGCCUUCCACAGUAACAGAGGCUGUGGUGGCAUCCGUCAUUUCAUGCGACUUCUGGGACGGUAACGUGGAUAGUUUUACCAUCGAGUGUGACAGAUUUAAAGGUCUCAGUUUGCCUCAAAACAAGUAGGUUGAACGAUAUAUCUGCUGGUUCAUUCACCUGUUACCUGGAAGGUGCACGUUUUGGGACAGUCUUUCUUGUGUUGCAUCCUGUUUGUACACAUGAAAAGUGAUGAAAGUUAUUGUGUGAAGAGUGAAAGCUUGGAGAGAGUUAAAACUCAGACUUACUUUCACUCUUGACUGCCUAAAGGAGGUGCAGUUGUUGGAUUGUCUUUUUUGGAAAGUCACAAAAAUUGUGAGAAGUGUCCUCCCGAUUCUGCAGUCAGACAGUCUGACGGGCUCGUAGUUUGAAGCAUGCAGAGACCUUCAUGUCUAUGGUAAAUAGAGGUGUUAUAAGGCAAACUUUUUUCUCUUUUUGUAGAGCUAGGCUAGCAGUUUCCCCUUGCUUCCUGUCAUUUUGCUAAAGUAGGCUUAAUACAUCCUGGACCUGUCUAUGUGCUGGAUUAAACUGGCUGAGAUCUUCUCAUCUGAGUGUCUGUAAAAAGCAAAUGGCUCAUUUAAUGAAUAGAAGUCGCACUGAAGUGAUGAGUUGCAACUGCAGCCAAAUGCAAACUGAAAUAAUGCAUUCACAAUGAGAAGAAAUUAUUUUACGUUACUGAAAUAAAUCUGCUUCUUUUUCUC